UAUAAUCUUUCCAUUAUAAUGGAUGAUAAUCGACCUCCGCUAAAGGCGUUGAGUAGCCAAAAACGUGAUAUUGAACAAAUUUAUCAGAAGAAAAGUCAAAUAGAACAAGUCCUGUUACAUCCACGAAAAUUCAUUGGUUCAACUAACAGAAAGAUAAAGCAAAUGUGGGUUUAUGACGGUCAACAUGGAAUGGUUUUACGUGAUAUUUCAUUUGUGCCUGGAUUGUAUAAAAUCUUUGAUGAAAUUCUAGUCAAUGUUGGUCAUAAAAUAAAAAAAGAUCUAAAUAUGAACCUCAUUCGUAUCGAUAUCAAUAGUGAAGAUAAUGAAAUCAGUGUCUACAAUAAUGGCCGUGGUAUACCGGUUGUUAUACAUGAAGAAGAAAAAAUUUAUGUUCCGACAUUGUUUUUUGGUCAUCUAUUAGCAUCAUCAAACUAUAAUGACAAUGGAAAAAAAAUUGUUGGUGGCCGGAAUGAUUAUGGUGCUAAAUUGUGUAAUAUUUUUAGCACAAUGUUCAAGAUUGAAACAUCAUCACGUGAAUAUAAUAAAUGUUUUUCACAAACAUGGAAAGAUAACAUGCAAACGGCUGAAGAACCAAUCAUACGACCAUCGGAGGGUGACGAUUACACCCGUGUGACAUUUAAGCCUGAUUUGAAAAAAUUCAAUAUGACACAUUUAGAUAAAGAUAUUGUCGAUCUAUUCAGUCGUCGUGCAUACGAUAUAGCUGGCUCAUCAAAUGAGAUAAAUGUAAUUCUAAAUGGUGAACGUCUCCAUGUUAAAGGAUUUCAAAGUUACAUUAAUAUGUUUAUCAGAGAUAAUGAAGAUAAAAAUAACAAACAAUUGAAAUUAGCUCACGAAAUUUUGAGUGAUCGUUGGGAAAUCGCCCUUGCUUUAAGUGAUAAAGGUUUCCAACAAAUUAGUUUCGUAAACACUAUUGCUACAACAAAUGGCGGCAAACAUGUUGAGCAUGUUACAAAUCUAAUCAUGGAUCAUUUAAUAGAAACGGUCAAGAGAAAAAGUGGAAAAUCAAAAAUCAAUCUUGAACCAAAUCAAAUACGCAAACAUAUGUGGGUUUUUGUUAACUGUUAUAUCGAUAAUCCAAUAUUUGACUCAGAAAUGAAACAAAAGUUGACAUCACAAAUAAAAAAAAAUGUGGGAUCGAAAUGUUCGCCAAGUGAAAAUUUUUUCACAUCUAUCACGAAAAUCGGUAUCGUGGAUUCAAUCCUUAGUUGGAUUCGUUUUAAACAAACUGAAAUCGAAAAGAAAUCGAGUUGGAAAAAAUGCAGUAAACUUAAAAAUAUUCCGAAAUUGGAAGAUGCCAUUUAUGCGGGAACAAGAAAAUCAUUAAAAUGUACCUUGAUAUUGACAGAGGGUGAUUCAGCUAAAUCGUUGGUUAUUGCUGGAUUGAGUGCUAUUGGGCGUAAGAAAUUCGGAGUCUUCCCUUUAAAGGGAAAAUUUUUGAAUGUGCGCCAGGCCAAUAAUAAUCAAAUUCAACAAAACCGGGAAAUCACCAAUUUGGUUAAAAUUCUUGGGUUACAAUAUAAGAAGAAAUAUACAACCACUGAAGAUUUAAAAACACUCCGAUAUGGCAAAUUGAUGCUCAUGUGUGAUCAGGACCUAGAUGGUUGUCAUAUCACUGGCCUAGUUAUUAAUUUUAUUCAACUAUAUUGGCCAUCUUUGUUUAAAUUGAAUUUUAUCGAACAAUUUAUCACGCCUAUAGUAAAAGCGAGUAAAGGUAGUUUCAAACGUGCCUUCUAUUCGCUACCCGAAUUCGAAGAAUGGAAACAAGAGACAUCAAACUACAAAUCUUACAAGAUAAAAUACUACAAAGGUUUGGGUACUUCCACAUCGGAAGAAGCCAAAGAAUAUUUUUCUGAUAUGAAACGCCAUCGAAUCAAAUUCCGUUAUGAUGAUGAGGACGAUGAUAGAGCAGUGGAAUUGGCAUUCAGUAAGAAGAUGAUCGAAGCAAGAAAAGAAUGGCUCACAAAAGGAAUGGAAGAACGUCGUCGAAGACGUGAUAAUGGUGAAAAAGAAAUCUAUCUUUACGAACAAAACACACGUGAAGUUACGUAUAAAGAUUUUAUCAACAAAGAAUUGAUUCUUUUCUCCAAUAUGGAUAAUGAACGAUCUAUACCAUCGUCGGUGGAUGGAUUUAAACGUGGACAGCGUAAAGUGACAUAUACUUGUUUCAAACGUAAUGACAAACGUGAAGUAAAAGUGGCCCAAUUAGCUGGAUCGGUUGGUGAAUUGAGUGCCUAUCAUCACGGUGAAAUGUCUUUGAUGUCAACCAUUAUCAAUUUGGCACAGAAUUUUGUGGGAAGUAAUAAUAUUAAUCUACUUCAACCACUUGGCCAGUUUGGAACAAGACUUCAAGGUGGCAAAGAUGCUGCUAGUCCUCGUUAUAUUUUCACAUGUUUAAGUCCAUUGGCAAGAUUAUUUCCACCAUUGGAUGAUCCAUUAUUGGCUUACCAGUAUGAUGAUAAUCUAAGAAUUGAACCUGAAUACUAUGUUCCAAUCAUUCCAAUGGUUUUAGUCAAUGGUGCAGAAGGUAUUGGCACCGGUUGGAGUACCAAGGUUCCUAAUUAUGAUCCACGAGCUAUUGUUGAUAACAUUAAACGAAUGCUUCGUAAUGAAGAACCUUUGGAAAUGAAUCCAUGGUAUAAAGAUUUCAGAGGUACCGUGGUGAAAGUGGAACCAAUGAAAUAUGUUAUCAAUGGUGAAGUUGCCAUUUUGGAUGAACAAACUAUCGAAAUUACAGAAUUACCGAUACGUACCUGGACUCAAGUUUAUAAGGAAUCAGUUUUGGAUCCAAUGCUAAAUGAUACGGAACAAAGUCCUGCACUCAUCGAUGACUAUAAAGAAUAUUAUACCGACACCACUGUCAAAUUUGUUGUUAAAAUGAAUAAAAAUGCAUGGGAAAAAGUAAUGCGAGAUGGCAUACAUAAAGAAUUCAAAUUACAAUCUUCAAUGUCAAUUUCAUCGAUGGUUUUGUUUGAUACUAAUGGUGUUAUUCGACGAUAUGAAUCACCUUUGGAUAUUUUACGAGAAUUUUUCACUUUCCGUUUGGAUUUCUAUGUUCGACGCAAGAGAUACUAUGAAGGUAUGCUUGAAGCUGAAGCACUUAAACUUGAAAAUCAAGUACGUUUCAUUUUGGAAAAAAAUGACCAAAAAAUCAUUAUGGAAAAUAUUGAGAGAAAAGAAUUUCUCAAGAUAUUGAUUGAACGAAAAUAUGAUUCUGAUCCUGUGAAAGCAUGUCGUAAGGAAUUUAAUAUCGAUCAAAAUGAACCCGACACCACGUUAAAUAACAAAAAUGGAGACAUUGAAAAUGAUGAUGAAAUUCCUGAAACGGAAGAAGAAGAAAAAUAUGAUUUUGAUUAUCUCAUCGAAAUGACAAUGCUAACAAUGUUCAAAGAAGAAGUUCAAGAAUUAUUUAAAAAACUUGAUGCAAAAAAAUCUGAACUAGAAGAACUUAAACGUAGCACGCCAGAAAUGCUUUGGGAAAAAGAUUUGGAUGCAUUCCUUGAAGAACUUGAACGUUUGGAAAAAGAUGAACGUGAAAAUGCGCUGAAUUCAAAUAUGGAUGAUAUCUAUAAACCAAGUGCACUGUCUUAUCGAAUUGAACCGAUAAUAGAAGUUGAAAAUAAUCAAUCGGAAAAUGAACGGGUAAAAAAAUCGAUUAAUAAUAAAAAAGAAAUGCGAAAGAUUGUUGUAGCCACUACAUCAACAACUUCGACUAUAAAUGAAAAAAGAAAAUCUGAUGAAUUU